AUGGAUGAACUCAAAGUCAAGGACCGCAUUCUGGAAAACAUCUCCUUCUCUGUCAAGAAGUUGCAGAGUUACUUUGCAGCUUGUGAAGAUGAGACCCCAGCCAUCCGGAACCACGACCGCGUUCUGCAGCGGCUCUGUGAACACCUGGACCAUGCGCUCCUGUACGGGCUGCAGGAUAUCUCCUCAGGCUACUGGGUUCUUGUCCUUCACUUCACAAGGAGAGAGGCUGUCCGCCAGAUAGAUGAGCUUCAGAACAUAGCAACAAACCUCGGUCGAAGUCGGGCAUGGUUAUACCUGGCGUUGAGCGAGAGCUCUUUGGAAAGCUACCUACGCCUCUUCCAGGAGAACCAAGUACUACUACAGAAAUAUUACUUCAAGAAUGCAUUGGUCUGCAGUCAUGACCACCUGACGCUGUUCCUCACACUGAUGGCCGGAUUGGAAUUCAUUCGUUUUGAUCUGGAGCUGGAUGUGCCCUAUUUGGACGUGGCCGCUUACAUGCCGGAAUACUACAAACCGCACAACCUGUUGGACUUUGAAGAAAGGCUGCCAAGCUCUGACAGUUUGUCCCUGCACUCCUUCACCUCUCUGACCUCCACCAACCUGGAGUGGGAUGACAGUGCCAUCGCCCCCUCUAGUGAAGAUUAUGAUUUUGGUGACAUCUUCCCCGUGUUGCAGGCAAUGCCAAGUGCAGACUGGGAAGAAGGCGACUUGACUGACCAGGCCAGCUGUCCGAGAUCCAGUGGCUCUGAUCCUUUGACUGUCAUCAGCGACUCGGUGGCCUUAUCUUCCGGCAAUGUCAAGGCGAAGGUGGGCGCUCGUCUAUCGCCGCCCAGGCACAACCCGUUCAAUCAAGACUCUGAUGCCAACACCUCAGCUGACGUCACGCCGGUUCACAUGGCCGCCUUUCACAUUGGCAGCACUGGAGAUGACAUAGAGAGCACCAACAACGAACUGGAAGUCAUUCGGAUGGCAAGACGGAGGAAAGCGAGCAAGAAACGACGAGGGAAGAGCUCCACUGAUUCCAUCAGCUGCAAUCACGAUUCAUUAUCAUCUGAGCACAUAGAAACGGACAGCAUCUUCAACCAUUCAGAAGAUCAGGAUUCUUUCAACUGCACUGUAAUCCACCUGGAUGGGGCGCGAGCAGAGGUGGCAGCGGAACACGAUGAUGAUGGUGAUGAUGCCUUCCUGAGGCUUCCUGAAAUGUUAGAUACCUCCAUGGAUAGCGUUGGCCAACCUCUCCGCGAUGUUAUGGACAGACUUAAUGGGGAGACCCGGGAACAGCCCAAGUCUGAGCAGAGACUAUCAAGUGCGGAGGGACCCGAGCCUCCAGUGCAGCAGCCCUUUCCAGAGGACUCUGAGGCCAAGCCUCCUGACCCAGACUCAAGCCCAGAGCUCCAACAGGCCGCCCAAAACCUACUCUUCCUUACCACCGACGGUCCAGAAGCUGCUGCCCCAGGUAGUGGGAACCAUGACCCUACAGAGCAUCGCCAGUCACAGAUACUUUCAGGUGGCCAUGAAGAUCAAAGAGAGGCAGAAACGAAUGCAGGACGGGAACAAGAUGUAAAGAAAGGAGAGGGAUAUGAUACGGACAAGUGUGAAAUUACAUCUGUACGAGAUGAGAAUCUCAGUCCAAGUGAAAGUUCUCAUCCUGCAGAAUUUAAGGUGGACAACAACCAUUUACUGCUUCUCAUGAUCCAUGUAUUCAGGGAAAAUGAGGAGCAACUUUUCAGGAUGGUGAGGAUGAGCACAGGCCAUAUGGAAGGUGAUCUGCAACCUCUUUAUCUGCUGCUGACUGACUGUUACAUCUACCUACUGAGGAAAGGUGCAGCAGAGAAGCCUUACACAGUGGAAGACGCUGUUUCUUACAAUGAACUUGACUAUCUCUCAGUGGGCCUUGAUCAACAGACAGUGAGCAUAAUUUGCACAAAUAGAAGAAGGAAGUUCCUGUUUGACACAGCUGAUGCCUCCUUGACCUUAUGGUUCUUGUCCAUUCUUAAGACGGCCAUGGUGAAGGGUUGUCGCGAGCCCCCUUAUCCUCCUAUCUUGACCGAUGCUACGAUGGAAAAACUCGCUCUCACCAAGUUUGUCUCGCAGGAAUCUCACUGUGAGGUUUCUGAAGUUUCUAUACAUCUGUAUUCACUGGUCCACUGGGAAGAUCCUAUGGAUGCAUCCAUUCCGAACCUAAAAUCACCUUCCAGUGCAAAGGAAGGUCUGCUGCAGUACCGGGCUGGCUCCACAUACCUGGGAAAAGAGCUAUGGAAAAGCUGCUACCUCGUCCUCAGCAAUGGAAUACUAUACCUUUAUGCUGAAAGGACUGAUGUGACGCCUCUGCUAUCAGUUACUAUGGGGGGAGAAUACUGUGGAGGAUGCCGUCGUUCCAAUGGCACAGAACGUCCGCAUGCCUUUCAAGUCAUUCUGACAGAGCGCCCCCCACUGGAGCUCAGUGCUAACAAUGAACAGGACAUGGCUGACUGGAUGCUGCUGCUCUGCCAGUCUGUUUCCAAAGGAGUCAUCCCCCAAGGUGCAGCCCCUACCACGUGCAUCCCAUGUUGCUUGGUUGUGACGAACAGCAAGCUGCUGACUUGUCAUCAGGAUUGCCAGACCAGCUUUUUCCGCUCGUUGGGCAGUGCCGACAUUUGUGAUGUGAAGGCUGUCAGCCUAGAGGUUGACAUGGAGUACUGUGUCAUUGAGUUUGCUGCGGAUCGUGACCACUUCCUCCCCCCAUGGGUCUUGUACUUCAGUGGGUGUGAGGAGAGAGACAGACUGCUGGAAGUGUUGGACAGCGUGUGGCGAAAUGUCUUCCAGGUGGCGCUCCCCCACAGAGCUGUGUGUGAGCCAUCAGUUAAGAAGCGCUGCAGCGAAGGCCUCGCUUUAAUGAAGAGCGCAUGGCAGCGAGCAGACAGUUUGGCUCGAGGCCGAGCUCAGCGGGAACCUUGGUGCUGA